UCUCUGACCGCAAACUCUUCCGUGGCUCCUCUGAAAGUAAUCUCCCCACUCUUCUUUCUCUCUGCGUGUAUCUCAAUUGACUUUCCAGCCCUUUUGUUCGCUCUCCUUAUCACUUGGAAAAGGUGAACCCUCGUGUUAUUUUUUUAUUUUAAUCUUUGCUCUAAUUGUAGUUUUUACCCUUGUGGUCCCUGAUGGCUUCGCACAGUGAUACUCUGGUGGUGUUCUUUGGGGCAACAGCUGGUGCAAAUGGGGGUAAACUGGGUUCGGAUGAAAGGGAAAUAAUUCUCUUGGUGUGGCAAAUUGUGGAUCUACAUGAGAAAAAGGUUGGGAAGCUUCAUAAAUGUUUUGUCAAGCCAGACACUUUGGAGCUGACAGAUCAGUGUAAAGAAGAGACUGGGUUGACGUUGGAGGACAUCGUUGAUGCUGAGCCCCUGGACAAAGUUCUGGAACAGAUUCAGCAGUCUGUGACAUCAGAAGUAAAAUGCCUCGGCAGAAGUUCGUACACACUCUUGGUGAACGGUCCUCUAAUAAUUCGACAGGCCCUCCACCCAGAAGCCUCCAAAAAGAAUCUUGUACUACCAGAGUGUUUCUUUUCAUUUGUGGACCUGCGGAAAGAGUUUCUCAAAUGCUGCCCGAAUGCCAGCUCUGUGCAGAAGCUCACACUCUCCUCCAUGUUGGAUUAUGUUGGUCUCCCUGCGGUGUCAGAGCAGAUGAUAGGUGUGAGGGAGGUGAACAGCAUGGUGCAGCUGACGCUCUGCAUCCUGGAUGAGCCAUACAAUCACAAUUUCUACUGUGCUGAAACUGUGAAUACCAAGUUUGACUCUGGCACAUGCAGUAAGAUGGAGCCGGUGGACAGCGAGACGGUGAUCAGAGCAAGGGGCCUUCCAUGGCAGUCCUCAGACCAGGAUAUUGCUCGUUUCUUUAAGGGACUCAAUAUUGCCAAGGGCGGCGUGGCCCUCUGUCUGAACGCUCAGGGCCGGAGGAACGGGGAAGCCUUGGUUCGGUUCAUCAACGCAGAGCACAGAGACCUGGCUCUGGAGCGCCACAAACAUCACAUGGGCAGCAGAUAUAUUGAAGUCUACAAAGCGACGGGAGAAGAAUUUCUCAAGAUUGCUGGAGGGACGUCCAAUGAGGUGGCUCAGUUCCUGUCUAAAGAGAACCAGGUGAUCAUACGAAUGCGUGGGUUACCGUUCACGGCGACGACACAGGAAGUGCUGUCCUUCCUCGGUCCUGAGAGUCCCGUCACGGACGGCGCAGAGGGGCUCCUCUUUGUCAAAUACCCCGACGGACGGCCCACUGGUGAUGCCUUCGUGCUUUUCUCCUGUGAGGAAUACGCUCAGAACGCUCUGAAGAAGCACAAACAGAUUCUGGGGAAGCGGUAUAUCGAGUUGUUUCGGAGCACUGCAGCCGAGGUGCAACAGGUUCUGAAUCGUUACAUGUCCACACCUCUGAUCUCCACACUGCCUCCAUCACCCAUCGUACCGCUUCCAGUCCUCUCCACGCCUCCCUUUCUGCCGACGGCUAGCAGCACGCGCGACUGCGUGCGGCUCCGCGGGCUGCCGUACACCGCCGGCAUCGAGGACAUCCUGGAGUUCAUGGGCGACCAUACGGUUGACAUCAAGACUCAUGGAGUCCACAUGGUCCUUAACCAGCAGGGCCGACCCUCUGGCGAUGCCUUCAUCCAAAUGAAGUCACCUGACAAGGCGUUCUUGGUGGCCCAAAAGUGCCACAAAAAGACAAUGAAGGACCGGUAUGUUGAGGUCUUCCAGUGCUCCACAGAGGAGAUGAGCAUUGUUCUGAUGGGAGGAACGCUGAACCGCAGCGGCCUCUCUCCUCCACCCUGCAAACUGCCCUGUCUGUCGCCUCCUACAGCUUAUGCUGCCUUCCCCACUCCACCUACCAUCCUCUCUGAAGCGGCCCUGUACCAGCCUCCCCUGCUGGCGGCUCCCCGGGGCCCUCCGACCACCUUGCACAGCCCUGCUCACGCUCUGGCCUACUACCCCCCUCAGCCCCAUCUCUAUAUGAACAUGAACAUGAAUUACACUGCUUACUACCCCAGCCCCCCGAUUUCUCCCUCCGCUGUCAGCUACUUUGCGGCUCCACCAGGCGCCAUGGCGGCUGCAGUGGCGGCCGGAGCCCACCCGGUUGCGGCGCCGGCCCACCCGGCUGCGGCCGCUGCCUCCUCCGUCCUGCCGCAGCCGGGCGCCCUGGUCAGGAUGCAGGGUCUGCCGUACAACACCGGAGUCAAAGACAUCCUCAGCUUCUUCCAGGGUUAUCAGCUCCAACCAGAUGCCGUACUUAUCUUGUAUAACUUCAGCGGUCAGUGCAGCGGCGAGGCCCUGAUCACCUUCCCCAACGAGGACAUUGCCCGGCGCGCCAUAGCCGAGCGCUCAGGCCAACCUUUCUACGGCCAGCUGAUCCACUUGGUUUUCUGUAACUGACCACCAGCUCUCCAUCUUUCAUCCCCUUUCUAAUAGAAACGCCUCCAAACUCUUUACAGAGAACCUGCUCAACUCUUCCCUCUCUGUAUGAUCUGUAUUUUGACCACACACCUCUCCGCUGGUCCUCACACUCCUAAAGCUGCUGCUGGAGCCGGGCCUUCCACAGACGAAGCAGCUUGACACUGGACUUUGUGACUUUGCUCCUGCUGGUGGGGCAGGAAAAGCGUGAAGCCUGGACAGAGCAUGCAGCCACUCUGCAAAGCCAAACAUGGAGAUAAAUGUAUUCUCUUUGAAACUGUACAGACCUGUCUCCUGAAAUGCUUGAGGCUGUAUAUGCAUUUAUACACGUUUGUCUUUAUAUUUCUGAACUUUAACAACACUUACAGAUUUAGAGUUUUGUGUUUAUGAACAUUUUUGUUAGCUGCAGAAAGAAAUGUUUGGAGGCUAAAUAUUCUCCAGCAGUUUAGUUAUGAUGACGAAAAUGUCUAAGCCAUAAGGACUACUUUAUAUUUCUGAAACAAAGUCAAUCAGCAUGCUAAAACUGUCAUGAUUUAAAUUGUAGCUAGUAAGUGGCUUUAAGCUUCAGGGAAUACUAGUUUCUACUACUGUGUAGCACAUCUGUGUCAGUGUAUGAAUUAAUCUGUGACUUUUUUUAAAAGCAUUUAUUUUGUGACCACCAGCAUGUCUAAACCUCUAAGUAUUUUCUAAGCACUACAGAUGUUUUGGGUUGCUCCACUCGCAGAGACACUACGCUGAACAUCUUUAACAGUUUGACAGUAAAUUAAUUCUAGUUUCAUUGAUACUUAUUUACAAAAGCUGAGACUUUAUUAAAUGUAAAAAUUACUUAGGUUCUUUUCCUGCGGUCUUGCAUAUUGAUUGACCCGGAGCAGCUGCUGCUUUGGUUUUUGUUUUCUGACUAAAACAGCCAGUCUGCACCAUGAUUCAGUUCCUGUGAACAACCAGAGAGACGUGUAAAACUGCAGGAGCCUUUUUUUCUUCCUUCCUGUGAGAGGCCUACUGAAUUGUCUUAGUUUUUUCUCUUCACCAAGCCUACAUUACCCAGAGUGCAAUACUGGCCCACAGGAGGCAUAGGAGCCUCUGGUGGCAGAUUUGUUUUGUUGCGAUGUAAAGAUGCAUGAAUUUAGGUCUAUGUAUAAAAUGUAAACAAUAAAAAUAUCAACAAAUA